CAUUUUUUCUAUAUUCUUCUUUGUUUUGGUUGUUUUUCGUCAGUGUGGGAUUGUGUGAAUCUUAAUCGUGUGGGGGAAUAGUGAAGUUUUGAUAGACUUGGAGCGGCAGGAAGUUUAGACGAUGGGUGGUUUUUUAAUUUGUGAAAUUGUGUGAACUGAGAAUAUGGGAUCUGUGACUACACAUUUUGUGUGAUAACUGAGAAUCAUAGGUUACAUGAUUUUUAAGUAUAAAUCAAUGAAUUUAUUUGUCGAAAAAACAAACACUGAAUUUAAUGAUAAAAAUAUAUUGCGAUGAGAUAUUAGAAAAAAUUGAAAAAAUUAAUAUGUAAGAAUUUAUAGUUUAGCCACUGAUGAAUAGCUUCUUCCUGCCACCAAUGAACUGAUGCUGGUAGGAUUUCAGGAACUUAAGGGAUCCAUUAAGGGAUCCCCUAAAACCCUAACCCUAAAUACUCCUACCCCAAAUAGCCCUCGUACUCUCCCGCUCCCUUCCUCCCAUCCGCCCCGCAUCCACCGCCUCCUCCCCUCCCGUGAAGACUCGUACUCUCCCGCUCCCUUCCUCCCAUCCGCCCCGCAUCCACCGCCUCCUCCCCUCCCGUGAAGACCUGCCGCCUGAUCCCGUGCACGUGUCAACACGUGCACGUGUCAACACGUGCACGUGUCGAGGUAAAAACCGGCAUCUAUUCUAUUCAGCCACCGCUUUGCGGACCUGAUAACUUGGACUCGCUAUCGUCUCAUCUUCCGAGAACUCCGAAGUUUCCAAUCGUCUUUGUUUCUUUCUUUCUGACCCAUAGAAUUUUCCAAUCGUCUCUGUUUCUUUCUUUCUGACCCAUAGAAUUUUCCGGUACGAAUUCCUCUUUCCUUCCCAACUCGCACGCAUCUUUUUCUUUUUGUUAAUUUCAUUAUAAAUACCGGGGGAAUGUUUGGUUCGUUGGUUGCCUCUGAUUGAUGAUUCAAGAAACAUUGAGGAAUAUUCAUUUCAGGUUGAUUGAUGAUUCAAGAAACAUUGAGGAAUCUUCAUUUCAGGGGAGAUAAGGAUUAAGGAUGAGGCUGUUGAAGGUGGCGACUUGUAAUUUGAACCAAUGGGCUAUGGAUUUCGACACCAAUCAGCGGAAUAUCAAGGAAUCGAUCUCUCAAGCAAAGGAGGCAGGAGCUGCAAUUAGAAUGGGUCCGGAGCUUGAGAUUACUGGUUAUGGCUGUGAAGAUCAUUUUCUCGAGCAGGAUACUGUGAUGCAUUCUUGGGAAUGUUUGAAGGAUAUAUUGUCAGGUGAUUGGACCGAAAACAUAUUAUGCAGCAUAGGAAUGCCUAUGAUUCAUGAAAGUGUGCGGUACAACUGCCAGGUUUUAUGUUUGAACCGAAGGAUAGUCAUGAUCCGCCCAAAGAUGUGCCUUGCAAAUGAUGGAAACUACAGGGAAUUCAGAUGGUUCUCAGCCUGGACAUUUAAGGACAAGCUUAUUGAUUUCCAACUCCCGACUGAUAUUGCUGAGGCUAUAUCACAAAAUUCAGUACCCUUUGGUUAUGGAUAUAUUCAGCUUCUGGAUGCAUCUGUUGCUGCUGAAACAUGUGAAGAGCUCUAUACUGCUGAUGCUCCUCGUAUUGCACUAGCAUUGAAUGGUGUUGAGGUCUUUAUGAAUGCAAGUGGAAGCCACCACCAGCUAAGAAAGCUUAAUCUACGGCUUGAUGCAAUAAAAAAUGCAACCUGUUUCUGUGGAGGUGUUUACAUGUACGGUAAUCACCAGGGAUGUGAUGGUGGCCGACUUUACUAUGAUGGAUGUUCUUGCAUUGCUGUGAAUGGAGAUGUGGUUGCUCAAGGAUCUCAAUUUUCCUUGAAGGAUGUUGAAGUUUUGAUUGCCCAAGUAGAUCUGGAUGCGGUUUCUAGUUAUCGAGGAUCGAUAAGUAGUCUUAGAGAGCAAGCAAGCCACAAAGCAAAGGUUCCAUCGGUGAAGGUGCCCUAUAAACUUUGUCAAUCAUUUAAGCUUGGAAUGCUUCCCACCAGUCCAGUGGAGAUUAAGUAUCACUGUCCUGAGGAAGAGAUUGCAUUUGGACCUAGUUGUUGGCUAUGGGAUUAUCUACGAAGAAGUGGAGCAUCUGGGUUUUUGCUUCCUCUUUCUGGUGGGGCAGAUAGUUCUGCUGUUGCAGCAAUUGUUGGCUGCAUGUGCCAACUCGUAAUAAAAGAUAUUGAAAAUGGAGAUGAACAAGUAAAAGCUGAUGCACUACGGAUUGGCCAAUACAAAAAUGGAGAGUUCCCAACUGACAGCAAAGAAUUUGCCAAGCGAAUAUUUUACACUGUUUAUAUGGGAACCGAAAAUAGUUCUGAGGAUACUAGAUCACGUGCUAAGAAGCUAGCAGAUGAGAUUGGUUCAUGGCACUUAGAUGUGCCUAUAGAUAGUGUUGUUUCUGCUUUGCUUUCUUUGUUCCAAACGCUAACAGGGAAGCGCCCACGUUACAAGGUUGAUGGAGGAUCAAAUGCAGAGAAUCUAGGGUUACAAAACAUUCAAGCUCGAGUUCGAAUGGUGCUAGCCUUUAUGCUAGCAUCUCUUAUGCCAUGGGUUCAUAGUAAGUCUGGAUUUUACCUUGUAUUAGGCAGCUCGAAUGUGGAUGAAGGACUACGUGGUUAUUUAACCAAGUAUGAUUGCAGCUCAGCAGAUAUAAAUCCCAUUGGGAGUGUGAGUAAGCAGGACCUUCGGUCUUUUCUACGCUGGGCUGCAAUUCAUCUCAACUAUUCUUCUUUGGCAGAAGUUGAAGCAGCUCCUCCAACAGCAGAACUGGAACCAAUUCGUUCGAACUAUAAUCAGUUGGAUGAAGUAGACAUGGGGAUGACAUAUGAGGAAUUGUCAAUUUAUGGACGGCUGAGGAAGAUUUUCCGUUGUGGUCCCGUGUCGAUGUUUCAGAAUCUAUGUCACAAGUGGUGUGGGAGAUUAACACCAUCAGAAGUAGCAGAUAAAGUGAAACACUUCUUCAAAUAUUAUUCAAUCAAUCGGCACAAGAUGACUGUCUUGACACCUUCAUAUCAUGCCGAGAGCUAUUCACCAGAAGACAACAGAUUUGAUCUUCGCCAGUUCCUAUAUAACUCAAGAUGGCCUUAUCAAUUCCGCAAGAUUGAUGAACUUGUCCGAGAGAUGGAUGGAGAUUACAAAGCGGGUAAUCUUCCAGAACUGCUGAGACAGGAAGAUUCAGAUAUUGUCUCAGGCCAGGGGAGUGGCAUGGGAGUUGUGGCUGCAGGAUCUGGCAAUCCGGCCGUUAGUAAGGAAUAAGAUAGAAAUGAAUGCAGUUGACUAGCAGAAAUAUUUUAAAGCGAAGAUUUCAGCCUGAAUGUCUGACGUGAAGGAAGCUCCAAACUAAGAUUCUUUCAAUACUACAAGAAAAAGAUCUUCAAGGUUGGGAACUAUUGGAUGUUCACAUAUAUCACAGUUGGCCUGCCGAUUCUCAUUUCUGGUCAAGGCCUGUUAAAAUAAUUUAUAAAUUGUAAUCAUAACCAUACAAAGUUUUACAGAACAUUAUAACAAAUGCGAUUUGUAUUUAUUCGAAGGAAAUCAUGUCAAGCAUUUUUUCUUUGUUGGGGGG